AUGAACCGCAGCGCCUACUCCUCCAGGCACCUGGCUAAACGCUGGCCCAUCGCCACCUCCCCGGACCCCCACGGCAAGCCCUGGGCCGCCGAGCGCAGCGCCCGCCGCCCGCCUCUCACCCGCAGCCCCGAGCGGCUCCCGCUUCAGUCCCGCUCCCCGGCGGCCACUUGCAACCCCUACUUCCGGGUCCGGCGGCUGCUGGCGCCCUUGCGUCUGCCCUCCGGCACCCGCACGUCUCCCUCCCUGGGUUCCGCGCUCUGUUGUGGCCCUCAGCCAAUGCUGGAUCAGCCACCUUCUGUGUCCUCGCCCCUCGGAACCACAGUCCGUCUGGCCUGCACGUUGAGCAGGGACCACGAUGUCAACAUUUAUAGCAUCUACUGGUACCAGCAGAGGCCCGGACACCCUCCCAGGUUCUUGCUGAGAUAUUUCUCCCAUUCAGACAAGAGACAGGGCCCCAAGGUCCCUCCACGCUUCUCCGGAUUCAAAGAUGUGGCCGAGAACACGGGGUAUUUGAGCAUCUCUGGGCUGCAGCCUGAGGAUGAGGCUAUGUACUACUGUGCUGUGGGCACCCAGAGCUUGGAUGGAGGCAGGAGGGGCGCGGGCUCCCCAAUUAGCUUGUUGGGUCAGCCCGCGUCCGCACCCUCGGUCACUCUGUUCCCGCCCUCCGCUGAGGAGCUCCACACCAACAAGGCCACGCUGGUGUGUCUCAUCAGCGACUUCUACCCGGGCAGCGUGACGGUGGCCUGGAAGGCAAACGGCAACCCCGUCAGCCAGGGCGUGGAGACCACCAAGCCCUGGAGACAGAGCAACAACAAGUACGCGGCCAGCAGCUACCUGAGCCUGACGCCCGACAAGUGGAAAUCUGGCGGCAGCUACAGCUGCCAGGUCACGCACGAGGGGGGCACCGUGGAGAAGACCCUGGUCCCCGCGGAGUGUUCCUAG